UAAACCAACCCGCAUUUCUGUUUCGUUAGUUGAGAUUCACGUCGAUAAAAUAAAGUUUUGUGUUUUCGUGAUUUCUAAUUUUUUUUAAUCAAUAAAACAUCACUACCACGAUGAUGUUCCCUGUGCUGUACAUGUUCAUCACAAUACAUAUUAUUUCAAGUACAGGUGUACAGAUUGACAUAAAUAGAGAAUAUUUUUACCAUGGCAAAGAUUUAUUUUGUGCACAACUCCAGUGUGCAGAAAACAUAAUAGAAGACACUCAGAUAUCAACUCUUGUCAACAUGUCAGUCUAUAGGAUCAGUGAACCAGAGGGGAAGAUUUUAGUGGCGUCUAUUUCAGAAUCAGAUUCAAAGCUUGAAGAUUAUAAAAGGGCUGGAACAAGAGUAGAGGGGAAAAUAUCGAAAACAUUUUCUGAAUUGAAAAUCUUUUUUUCGAAUAACUCAGACUGCAAUGAUGACAUUUUCCUAUGUGAAAUACAUUAUGUGAAUACAACAGGAUCUAUGAAUAGAAUCUGGAAGAAGACGGAGAGUUUACAAAGAAAAUCUCGCGAGUCAUUUUUAAUGAUGAGCUUGAAAGCUAAAACAUCUGACUAUGUUAAAUCUGUUGACACAAUGGCCGAUUUUCUCAAAUCGUUUGAAGACCCAGACAGACUGAAAGGUGCAGACAUGACAAUGUCAUUACAGAUGUCACAUUCUGGUGGCGAUAAGUUAAGCACAGACAAAAGUUUUGGUCCAACAGAGACAGAGUUAAGUAACAGUUAUAAACAGAUCAGUUCUUCUACACUUGAGGACAUGGUGGAUCAACAGAUAAAGAAUUUAACUCUUGAUGUAAACAAAACAUUACAGACGAUGAGUUCGAAGGCAGAGUUAAACAAAAUGAAUUUGGCUAUUUUAAACGAAUCAAUGCAAACAAUGUUAGGAAACACACAUAACAAAACAGAACAACUCAGUAUUAGAUUAAAUGAGAUGGAAACGAAAAUAGAGAAAGCUGUCAAACAAGAGCAUAUUAAUACCACAUUAAAUUUGGUAGCCGGUCUCAACAGAACUAUACACGAAUUUAAAGACGAAUAUAACCGUCAUGCUUUGAUUUUAAAAUUUACAAAACAGUGUGUUAGGAAUGAAAUUUCAAUACUACCAGAACAAAUUACGAUCCAACUAAAUGAAAGUAAACUUGCCUUGUGUGAUACCAAAACAGACGGUGGUGGAUGGAUUGUUAUACAAAGACGUGUUAAAGGUGACGUAAAUUUCAAAAGAAACUGGAGCGACUACAAAAAUGGUUUUGGAUCUUUGGAUGGAGAUUAUUGGCUGGGAAAUGACUGGAUCUCAAACCUCACACAAAACGGCUACAGUGAACUGAGGUUUGACAUGAAAUAUAAAGGUAAAUCCUACUACGCCGUGUACAGUAACGUGACGGUGGGAAAUGAAGCACAUUUGUAUAGGAUAAAGUUUACAUACAAGACAGGCAACGCUACAGACAACUUCAGCUAUCACAAUGGAAUGGCUUUUACCACUUUAGAUAGAGACAAUGAUAGAUCGUCUGAUAACUGUGCUGAGAGAUGGAAAGGCGGCUGGUGGUAUAACUCAUGUCAUGAUAUGAACGCAAACGGUGUAUGGGCGAUUAAAACUGGGAGUGAAGGCAUUAACUGGAGAGGUAUAACAGGUACCACAGAUUCUCUGGAGCACGUGGAGAUGAAGCUACGACGGCAAUGAUUAUAAAAAAAAUCAUGAAAACAGAACCUUGUGUUAACAAUAUUUCGCCAAAAUUAUAAACAUUGCUUACAUGUAUAUAAAUGUAAUUUUAUUUUUACAAUAUAAACUAUUGCAUAUUGUUUUAGUUGUAAUGAAACAAUCAACAAAUCUGCUUUCCCCUAACUAAUGACUCUCUGUCUAUAGCUAACUGAAAUUCUCUGUUGUCUAGAUUUCUGUUUCUGCGGAGAGCCAUUGUGUAUCACAUCAGUGCAUGUUAAAUAAAAUUGCAAAUACAAUUUGUCAAUGUAAAUCUACCUACAGUUAUUCUACUUUUAGUUGUAAACUGUUUUAUUGAACCAAUUUUAGGUAAAUAAUUAGAAAAGGGGAGAAAGAAAAAUGUACAAGUUCAGUCAAAUUCCAAUAUCGUGCACACAUAUUGCCGAAAAUAAAAGUAAUUAAUAUACGAUUUCAUUCUUAAUUGGAAAAAUGGUAACGAUUUUCGUCUAUUCAAUAAUAACGACAUAUUAAAUAGUGAUUAUGUUUAUAGUAAUGAACAUAACAGAAAUGAUCAAAGAGAGGAUCAUCUAUUUAUAACACCGGUUCCCAAAAUUUUUUUGGGUGGCUUUCCUCCUUUAUAAAAAUCAAAUGAAUAGCGACGCCGAUACAAUUAAAAUAAACAUUAUCGUAUUAUCUUACACAACAGAUAGCAAAGUAAAACGGGACUAUAGAAAUAUAGUAGCUUGUGAAAAAAAAACUCCCAUUGUUUGAGAUAACUAAUAGCGGCUUAACGUUCUUAGAAUAUACUGCCUCAUGAGGAAUUAAUAUGCAAUUAUCAGCUUCAGAAGGUUUUUGAGAAAUCUGAAAUUGAGAAAAAUACCGGUCCCAGACAUCGGAGGUCACUCAAAAAUUAUGUUAUCUAAGUAGGCCUAUAAGAUAUUUUACUUUAUAGCCUAUAUGUUGCGUCUAUCUAAAUGAAACAGUAACCAGUUUGUUUUUUGUUUUACUUCGCAACAAAAUUAAAGUACCUCUUGAAGCUACUCGAAAUCGUUUAAAUGUUAAAAAUUA